GUUGGCAACACCGAUACCACCGGUCAUCGCAGUCACCGGUCUCAAGUUGACAGUUGACAACCCGACACGUUCACGUUCCAUGUUCCAUGGUUCUUGUUACGUAAAUAGUCAAAUAAAAUUACAUUUUAGGCUUAGUUUCUAAAAAAUACAUUAAAAAUUAUUAAUAUUAAGUUUAAAGUUUUUAAUUUUCUACCAAUUUUAAACAAAGUGUAAAUAAUCUAACCUGUGAUUUUUUUACUUUAACCUUCUGUACAACAUGGCUGCCACAGUAGGGCGAAUUUGUGGAGUAGGUCUUUUAAAACCGAGUAAUUUGACGACAAUUAGCCAGAAAAGUUCAUAUUCCACGGCCAAAGACUGGACAUGGGGCAAAAAAGCGCUUUUAGGGAGCUUAGGUUUGGUGGCAGGUGGUACAGGAGCCAUACUAUUUGCUCUCGACCAAUCUGUUAAGGCUUCGGAUCUAGAAUUACAUCCACCAAAGAAUAUUUGGAGUCAUACAGGGCUUUUCAGCGCCUUUGAUCAUGCCAGCAUAAGACGAGGAUAUGAAGUAUAUAAACAGGUGUGCGCAGCAUGCCACUCGAUGCGUUUCAUCGCCUACCGUAAUUUGGUAGGCGUAUCGCACACAGAGUUGGAAGCGAAGGCUGAAGCCGAGGAGCAAAUGGUAGAAGACGGACCAGACGACCAAGGCAACAUGUUCAAACGUCCUGGAAAGCUAUCGGACUAUUUCCCUAGUCCUUAUCCCAACGAGGAAGCCGCCCGUGCAGCCAACAAUGGUGCUUACCCUCCGGAUUUGAGUUACAUCGUCUCUGCUAGACAUGGAGGAGAAGAUUAUAUUUUCGCUCUUCUAACUGGGUACUGCGACGCCCCUGCUGGUGUCGUUCUUCGAGAAGGUCAAUACUACAACCCGUACUUCCCCGGCGGCGCCAUUUCCAUGGCGCAAGCGCUGUACAAUGAGGUCAUUGAGUAUCAAGAUGGCACCCCACCCACUGCCAGCCAAAUAGCCAAGGACGUGUCCACGUUCUUGAAAUGGACCGCCGAGCCCGAGCACGACGACAGGAAGAAAAUGCUGAUCAAAGCUAUCGGCAUCUUCACCUUCCUUAUCGCCACGUGUUACUAUAUCAAAAAAUUGAAGUUCUCUUCGCUGAAGACGCGCAAGAUCGAAUUCAGGCCCAAAGAAUAACAAUUUCAUUAGCUGGAUAUAGAACAGAACAGUUUUAGCGUGACCUCUACUUUAUACCAUAGAUAAUUACGUCGGGUAUUAUAAGUUAAAAAUAUUGUACAUAUUUAUAUUUUUUUUUUGUUCACCAUCUAUUUAAAUUAAACAAAGGAUUGGCGUUUGCCGAUCUGGGUAUUUAUUCGUUUCGGCUUUUAUUAUUUGAAAGUGUCACGUUGUUUCAAUAAAAAGUAAAAUAUAAAA